UUGUAAUAAUCAUGAACAGACAGUGGGAUUGAAGUCGGAAGGUUGCACCCGGCAUCAAAAUAAGAUACAAGCAGCAGUGUAGGAUGAAGGUUUGUCAGACCGUUAUGUGGAAGGACAUUAAAAUUCCACUUCAUCUUUUCCCUGAAGCUUACAGAAUGACUAACAGCAUUGUUGGAGGCGUGCUUAUCCAGGGUUCUGGUGAAUGAGCUGCCUUCAGUUGUUGCAGGCAGUGUGGAUCUGGAUUGAAGGGAAUAGAUGCUAGACACAGAAGUAAAAGGAAUGGGUGAGAAAACAGCAGAACUGCUGCAUUAGUACAAGUCAUUGUUUCUUCCAUGCACAUCAUUCAGGAAACACCAGCUGCCGAACACCUUUCAUUGCAUAAUCCAGGAUCCUCUUCUUACUGGAGUUAAGCACUAAAUUCCUGAAGGACACCUGAAUCUACACCUGUAACAUCUGGAUUGCAUAUCAUUUCUUUGACUUCUGUCUUAAUAUAAGUCAAUGCUGAUUACAGAAGUUUGUUUGGAGAGAUCCUUUGUUCUCCUCCAGGCAGUUAUCAAUGUGAAGAUUUCAACAAAUUAUGAACAAAUUAUGAAAAUCUAACCUUUAUGUAAACCUUGGAGAACAGCAAUGGAGGCACUCUCUAGGGAAACACAAGGGAUGGAGUUAACUGCCUCGUGCAUUCUGUGCCUGCUCCUGUCUCGCUUCAUAACCACAGAGACUAAAGAAAUUGCCUGCAUGCCUGGCUGCCAUCCAGUAAAUGGGUUCUGUGAAAGUCCUGGUGAAUGCAGGUGCCGUACUGGCUGGAAAGGACAAUUCUGUGAUCAGUGUAUCCCAUUUCCCGCUUGUCUGCAUGGGAGCUGCACUAAACCAUGGCAAUGCCUCUGUGAAGAAGGAUGGGUUGGGAGCCUCUGUGAUAUUGAUGUUCACCCAUGUGCUGCUAAGCCCUGUUCCAGCAACUCUACCUGCAUUGAAACGGGGGACGGCGGAUACAUUUGUUUGUGCAGUCUGGGGUAUACAGGAAAAAACUGUCUUUUAAAAAAGGGACCCUGCAUUACAAAUGGGUCUCCCUGUCAGAAUGGAGGCACGUGCACAGACAACAAUGGCUUUGCAGCUUAUGCUUCUUGUCAGUGCCCUGCUGGAUUUGUGGGUAAUUACUGUGAAAUACAUAUAGACAUUGACGAUUGCAACCCUAAUCCUUGCAGAAAUGGUGGAAGCUGCACCGAUAUAGGAUCGAGAUUUCACUGCCAUUGCCCUUUGGGUUUUUCUGGGCGGUUGUGUAAUGAUCUCACCCCACUGUGCAGUAGUAAUCCAUGUGCAAAUGGUGGGACGUGUUAUCAAAUGGGAGAAAAAUUCCAGUGUUUUUGUCAGCCCAGUUAUACAGGAACUACCUGCUCUUUUCCCCAUAAAAACGUGAGCCUACAUAUAUAUGAGCGGAGAAACAAGCUACCUUCCUAUCAUAAAUCUCCACCACAUGAAGUACUUAAGAUUACAGUCAAAGAGACAAUUCACAAUGUAAAUCCACUCCUUAACAAAAGUCAAGUUAUCUGUUUCAUUGUGUUGGGGCUACUGACCUGUCUCACUGUCCUCGUCACCACCACAAUUGUGUUCUUUUCGAAGUGCGAGACGUGGUUUUCCAAUGCCAAAUACAGCCGCCUUUUAAGGAAGAAUAAAAACAUUUACAUGCAAAGAAGCCGAGAAGAGGACCAUGAUGUCCAAAUAAUAUUCCCAGAAGGAGUAAAACUUGAAGACUGCCGCAGGGAUUACGCUUCUACAUAAACAUGAGAAAUAAACUGUUUUGUUAGUGUCCAGGCUCAGUUCUCCAUGGGUGCUACUGGCAGAGGAUUUAGGCUGUAGGUCACCUAAAGCUGGAACCCUGAGGCUGAACAUCUCUCUGUUGCAUAACAUUAAUAAUAUCAUGAAAAAAAAAUAA